AGGAAUUCCGUUAGUCCUAUACAAUGGUAAGCUGCUUGUGCACACAUGCUAUUUGGAGGCUUUGUGGCUUCGUUUUCUUGGCGAGGUCGCGUGCGUACUAAAACCGUCAAGAGAACUGCUGCUACUAUUGUCGAGAAGUACUACCAGAAGCUGGCUUUGGACUUCGAGAACAACAAAAGAUCUGUCGCAGAGUGUGCCGAUCUUCCUUCCAAGAAGAUGCGCAACAAGAUCGCUGGAUAUGUGACUCAUCUGAUGAAGAGAAUUCAGAGAGGACCUGUGCGUGGAAUCUCCCUGAAGCUCCAGGAGGAGGAGAGAGAGCGUCGUCUGGACUACAUCCCUGCCGUGUCUGCUCUUGAGAAGGACCAGAUUGAGGUUGAUCAGGAGACUGCCGACAUGCUGAAGGCCAUGGAUGUGAAGAUUGCCGGACUGAAGACUGUCGGAAACAGAAGAUUCCGUGGUCACAGAAGAUCUCAGCAGAACUAAGUUGAUGUGUGGGUGAUUCCUCAAUGCUCAU